AUGUAUGAAAUAUUUGACAAGAUUUCUGUCACUGCUACUUCCGUAAUGGCUCUAAGCUCCGCCUCCGUGCACAGCACUCAUCAGUACGGCUAUGACAUGACCAUCCGCGUGCAAAACAUGUCGAAAGUAUACCCUGAUGGAUGCACGAAGGAUAUGUAUGCAAAGUUCCUGAGUGAUGUUGCGUAUAAACGAGCUGUUGAACAGGACAACAUUGCCCCACAACGGCAUCACAACUAUUCUCUCGAAGUACUCCAAAAAAGACGUAUCCUUGAUGAGACGGAUAUCAUGUUCAGAAUUACUUUUUCUGACGGGGUUGAAGUUGAAAACCCCGCGUCCACAUUCACUCAAUGUCAGCUUCUGCUUGAACAGAAACCAGAUCCGCAGUUGACCCCACAAAAUGGUUGGAUGAAUACCACAGUAUACAUGAUGCCUAACUCGACACAUGAUUUUGGAUAUCUGCAUCAGGAAAGGAAAUACGACAGAUACACCACUGUGUUUGUUUCGCCACCAGAUACAGUUACUCAUUUGCAGUUCGUGUUUAUGAAUGUUCAGUGUAAUGAUACCGACCAAGAAGUGGUCGUGUACGUGUCUAAGAAGAAUUACAAAUUGUGCAGACCAGUAGAAGUUCCAAGCAGUCCUCUACCCGUGCCACCGACUGCUGGACUCACCAACAACACGCAUGAUGUCAUUGUGCGAAAGUACGAACGUUACAUCAAUAAAGCAAAUCUGUCAGAAAUAUGCGGACAACCAUUUAGCGAAUGGCCAGUCAACCGAAACCGAUUUCGUAUUAUCGGUGGUGAAGUUACGCCGAUUCGUUCGCAGCCGUGGACUGUUUACAUAACAUCUCAAGGUGGCGGAUAUAUCAGUUCCUGCUCUGCAGCAAUCAUUGACCACUUUUGGAUCGUCACUGCUGGUCAUUGCAUAAUUCGAAACGGUACAGCAUUCGUCUAUAACGCGUAUAACAACGUUAAAUCUCGAAAGACUUACGCCGUCGAAAAACAAGUUGAAAUCAUGCUCGUACGUUACGUAAUCUUCACGUGUCAGUCACGGACUGCGGCCAUAGGAAUGAUCAUAUCCGGCACACUCGUGCAAGUUUUUGUGCCGGAGUCGAUUUUGGUUCGACCGCCCCGGGCGACAGUGGAAGUCCGUUGGAAUGCGUUGAGGAAGACGGAAAGCAUCGUCUUGUUGGAUUGA